AUGAAUGCGGGGAGCCCGUCGUCCAACCUCCUUCCCCGGACCUCUCAUUUCCCCUCUCUGUUCCCUCAUUUCCCCCCCUCCCUCUCUCUUUUCCCCCACUACUCCUACCCCUUGUUUCCCCCUCUGCUUACCCUCGUUCCCCCCUCUCUUUUCCCUUAUUUCCCCCUCUCCUCUCCCUCGUUCCCCCCUCUCCAUCCCAUCAUUUCCCCCUCUGCUUCCCCUCGUUCCCCCCCUCCAUCCCCUGAUUUCCCCCUCCUUUCCCCCACUGCUUCCCCUCCUUUCUCCCACUGCUUCCCCUCCUUUCCCCCACUGCUUCCCCUCCUUUCCCCCACUGCAUCCCCUCCUUUCCCCCGCUGCUUCCCUCCUUUCCUCCGCUGCUUCCCCUCCUUUCCCCCACUGCUUCCCCUCCUUUCCCCCACUGCAUCCCUCCCCCCCACUGCUUCCCCUCCUUUCCCCCACUGCUUCCCCUCCUUUCCCCCACUGCAUCCCUCCUUUCCCCCACUGCUUCCCCUCCUUUCCCCCACUGCUUCCCCUCCUUUCCCCCACUGCAUCCCUCCCCCCCACUGCUUCCCCUCCUUUCCCCCACUGCAUCCCCUCCUUUCCCCCACUGCUUCCCCUCCUUUCCCCCCCGUGCUUCCCCUCCUUCCCCCCGUUUCCCUCACUGCCUCCGCUCCCGCUGCCCUUCUCUCACCUGUCCAUCCCUUGCCUCCCCUUCGCAUCCGUCUAAAGCUGUGA